CCCCGAGCGGGGGGCGUCUGGGCCUCGUCCGGGCCGGCCCGGGCCGCCGCGAGCCGGAGCGUCCCGGCCGACGCCCCCCGCGGCCCCCCUCCCGCUCGGCGGCGCGCGGAGCUGCUUUUCCGGGUUCCCCUGGACCGAGCUGGAUCCUGCUGCUCUCGCCAAGGCAGGAAGUGAGUUGCGCUCGCUAAUUCCGGGCGGUGUCACGAGUGAAAAGUUUCCCACCGCCACCCCCCCCCGCCCCCACCUUGGGCGGAGAGCCUGGCGGUGGGGGAACUGGGGAACUCCUGCCCGACGCCGGGACCCGAGAGCCCGCCGGACUGCCAACCCCCCCCACGCCCCCGCGCCGCGGCCAGCCCCCCGGCCGGCGCGCCCCGCGCUCCCUUCCUCCUGCGGGAGGCCACUCCACAUCCGCCCUCGCCGGGGACCGAAACUCGCCGGGAUCCAGGGAGACUCGCGAAGGGAAGGAAAGAAAUCAUGUCCGGCCAAGCCUUGACAAAGCUGCCCUGAGACGCUGCCCGGCCGAGAGAAUGUUGGCUCAAUUAAGAAACAUCAGGGAGACAAAUUCGACCUAGUGUUUCUGAAAAUGACUACAAAACGAAGUUUGUUUGUGCGGUUGGUCCCAUGCCGUUGCCUACGAGGGGAAGAGGAGACUAUCACUACUCUUGAUUACUCUCAUUGCAGUUUGGAGCAGGUUCCCAAAGAGAUUUUUACUUUUGAAAAAACAUUGGAGGAGCUCUAUUUAGAUGCUAAUCAGAUCGAAGAACUUCCAAAGCAACUUUUUAACUGUCAGUCUCUACACAAACUGAGUUUGGCAGAUAAUGAUUUAACAGCAUUACCAGCAUCUAUUGCAAAUCUCAUUAAUCUCAGGGAACUGGAUGUCAGCAAGAAUGGAAUACCAGAGUUUCCAGAAAAUAUAAAAAAUUGUAAGGUUUUGACAGUUGUGGAGGCCAGUGUAAACCCUAUUUCUAAGCUUCCUGAUGGAUUUUCUCAGCUGUUAAAUCUAACCCAGUUAUAUCUGAAUGAUGCUUUCCUUGAGUUCUUGCCAGCUAAUUUUGGCAGGUUAACUAAACUCCAGAUAUUAGAACUUCGAGAAAACCAGUUAAAAAUGUUGCCAAAAACCAUGAAUAGACUGACCCAGCUGGAAAGACUGGAUUUGGGAAGUAAUGAAUUCACAGAAGUGCCUGAAGUACUUGAACAGCUAAGUGGAUUGAAAGAAUUUUGGAUGGAUGGUAAUAGACUGACUUUUAUUCCGGGGUUUAUCGGUAAUUUGAAACAACUCACAUAUUUGGAUGUUUCUAAAAAUAAUAUUGAAAUGAUUGAAGAAGGAAUUUCAGCAUGUGAAAAUCUUCAAGAUCUCCUCUUAUCAAGCAAUUCUCUUCAGCAGCUGCCUGAGACUAUUGGUUCAUUGAAAAAUAUAACAACUCUAAAAAUAGAUGAAAAUCAACUAAUGUACCUACCUGACUCUAUAGGAGGGUUAGUAUCAAUAGAAGAACUGGAUUGUAGCGUCAAUGAAAUUGAAGCUUUGCCUUCAUCUAUUGGACAGCUUACUAAUAUAAGAACCUUUGCUGCAGAUCAUAAUUACUUACAGCAGUUACCCCCAGAGAUUGGAAAUUGGAAAAACAUAACUGUGUUAUUUCUCCACUCUAAUAAACUUGAGACACUUCCAGAGGAAAUGGGCGAUAUGCAAAAACUAAAAGUCAUUAAUUUAAGUGACAAUAGAUUAAAGAAUUUGCCCUUUAGUUUUACAAAACUACAGCAAUUGACUGCUAUGUGGCUCUCAGAUAAUCAGUCUAAACCCCUGAUACCUCUUCAAAAUGAGACUGAUUCAGAGACCCAGAAAAUGGUGCUUACUAACUACAUGUUCCCACAGCAGCCAAGGACUGAAGAUGUUAUGUUCAUAUCAGAUAAUGAAAGUUUCAAUCCUUCAUUGUGGGAGGAACAGAGGAAACAGCGUGCUCAAGUAGCAUUUGAAUGUGAUGAAGACAAAGAUGAAAGGGAGGCACCUCCCAGGGAGGGAAAUUUAAAGAGAUAUCCAACACCAUACCCAGAUGAGCUUAAAAAUAUGGUCAAAACUGUUCAAACCAUUGUACAUAGAUUAAAAGAUGAAGAAACUAAUGAAGAUUCUGGCAAAGAUUUGAAACCACAUGAAGAUCAGCAAGUUAAAAAUAAUGAUGUGGGCAUAAAGACUUCAGAAAAUACUUCUACAGUAAGAAACAAACCUGAUGAAAGAGAAAAGUAUCUGAUAGCAAACUCUGUGCAGAAAACCCGAGAGCCUGAAGCUGAGAUCGGUCCUGGUAAACUCCCAGUAACUACAAAUAUGAAAGCCUCUGAGAACUCAAAGCACACUGUUAAUCAUACUGAUGUGUUUGAGGAAUCUGAAGAACUUUCUUCUGAUGAAGAAAUGAAAAUGGCAGAGAUGCGACCACCAUUAAUUGAAACCUCUAUUAACCAGCCAAAAGUGGUAGCACUUAGUAAUAACAAAAAAGAUGAUAUAAAAGAUACUGAUUCUUUAUCAGAUGAAGUAACACACAAUAGCAACCAAAAUAACAGCAACUGUUCUUCUCCAUCUCGGAUGUCUGAUUCAGUUUCUCUGAAUACUGAUAGUAGUCAAGAUACCUCACUCUGCUCUCCAGUGAAACAAACUCAUAUUGGUAUUAAUUCCAAAAUCAGGCAAGAAGAUGAAAAUUUCAACAGUCUUUUACAAAAUGGAGAUAUUUUAAACCAUUCAACAGAGGAGAAGUUUAAAGUUCAUGACAAAAAGGAUUUUAAGUUAAGAGAAUAUGAAUUGAAUAUUGAAGAACGAUUAGUUCUUCUUGAGAAGGGUGUUGAUACAACAACCACGACUAAUGAAUCUCAUAAAUUGGACCAUAUUAAUAUGAAUCUUAAUAAAUUCGUAACUAAUGAUACUUUUCAACCAGAGAUAGUAGAAAGAUCAAAGACACAGGAUGUAAUGCUUGGAACAGGCUUUUUAAACAUAAAUGCUAAAGGAGAAGCUGAGCACUUGGAAAAUGGCAAUGAGUAUCCUAACCUGGAAUGUGUGAAUAAGAUUAAUGGACAUUCAGAAACUUCAAAGCAUCCUAGGAGGACUGAACCACAUGACACUGAUACUUCUGUUGAAGUGGGUAUUUCCAAAAGCACUGAAGAUCUCUCCCCCCAGAGAGGUGGGCCAAUUAUAUCUGUUGUGAAAUCACAUAGCAUAACUAAUAUGGAGACUGGAGGGCUAAAAAUCUAUGACAUUCUUAGUGAUAAUGGACCUCAGCCACCAAGUGCCACAGUUAAAGUAACAUCUAAUAUUGAUGGAAAAAAUAUAGUCAGGAGCAAGUCCGCUACACUCUUGUAUGAUCAACCAUUGCAAGUAUUUACUGGUUCUUCUUCAUCUUCUGAUUUAUUAUCAGGUACAAAGGCAGUCUUCAAGUUUGAUUCAAAUCAUAAUCCUGAGGAACCAAAUAUACUAAGAGGCCCCGCAACAAGUGGCCCACAGUCCAUACCUCAAAUAUAUGGUCCUCCGCAAUAUAACAUCCAGUACAGUAGCAGUGCAACAGUCAAGGACAAUUUGUGGCACUCCAAACAAAAUCCCCAAGUGGAUGUCGGUUUUCCUCAGCAUCUUCCUAGAUCAGAAAGCACGGAAAAUCAUAGUUAUGCAAAGUUUUCUGCCAACAUGAAUUUCUCUAACCAUAAUAACGUUCGAGCUAAUACUGGUUACCAUUUACAUCAGAGAAUUGGCCCAGGAAGACAUGGGGAAAUGUGGGCCAUGUCACCAAAUGACCGACUUGUGCCUGGAGCAGCUCGAGCUACAAUUCAGCGACAAAGUAGUGUGUCAUCUACAGCCUCUGUAAAUCUUUGUGAGCCAGGUUCCACAAGGCGGGCCCAAAUUCCUGAAGGGGAGUAUUUAUCAUACAGAGAGCUGCAUUCCGUGGGAAAAACUACUCCAAUGAUGUCAGGAUCACAGAGACCUCUCUCUGCACGCACAUAUAGCAUUGAUGGCCCAAAUGCAUCAAGGCCCCAGAGUGCUCGACCCUCUGUGAAUGAAAUACCAGAGAGAACUAUGUCAGUUAGUGACUUCAAUUAUUCACGGACUAGUCCUUCAAAAAGACCAAAUGCAAGGGUUGGUUCCGAGCAUUCUUUAUUAGAUCCUCAAGGAAAAAGUAAAGUUCCUCAUGAUUGGCGAGAACAAGUACUACGACACAUUGAAGCCAAGAAGUUAGAAAAGAGCAUGCUGUCAAGGUCCUUUAAUUCCAAUUUUACUGCUGUAAGCAGCUUUCACUAUGGCAGCUCUAGGGAUCUGCAUGGCAGCCAAGGUAGUCUUGCCUUGAGUGUUGCAGACGGAAGAGGUUCUGGUGGGCACAUUUUCCGACAUCCUCAGACAUCCUGUCCAGGAGAUCCUUGUCAAGAUGAUGUAUUCAUUUCAGGACAGCAGAACUACUCAGCAGCUACACUUAGUCACAGAGAUGUUUCUCCAGACAGCUUGAUGAAAAUGCCUUUGAGUAAUGGACAGAUGGGCCAACCUCUCAGGCCACAGGCAAAUUAUAGUCAAAUACAUCACCCCCUUCCUCAGGCAUCUGUGGCAAGGCAUCCCUCUAGAGAGCAAUUAAUUGAUUACUUGAUGCUGAAAGUGGCCCACCAGCCUCCAUAUACACAGCCCCAUUGUUCUUCUAGACAAGGCCAUGAACUGGCAAGGCAUGAGAUUUGUGUAAGGGUUGAAAAAGAUCCAGAACUUGGAUUUAGCAUAUCAGGAGGUGUUGGGGGUAGAGGAAACCCAUUCCGACCUGAUGACGAUGGUAUAUUUGUAACAAGGGUACAACCUGAAGGACCAGCAUCAAAAUUGCUGCAGCCGGGUGAUAAAAUUAUUCAGGCAAAUGGCUACAGUUUCAUCAAUAUUGAACAUGGACAAGCAGUAUCCUUGCUAAAAACUUUCCAGAACACAGUUGAACUCAUCAUUGUACGAGAGGUUUCUUCAUAAGCACUAUGGAUUGCAAAAGGGGAAGACAGCAAGAUUCAUUGGAAGAUACUUGCAGGGGAAAUUAAUAUUUUGACUAUUUUUAUAUAUAAAGAACUCAAAUUAUGUACAAAUUUGUACAUUAAUGAAAUAAUGGAACUUGUGGUUAGAGGGAAAGAACCACUGUAUAGUAUAUAGGGGAGACUGUUGAAUUCAUACCGUAUAAAAUUUCUUGUUAGGUUUUUAAACAUAACAAUCAAGGAUACAAAAGCAAACAUGUGUUUUUGUAUAGAGUGUAGGUUUAUUUUUGGAUUUCAUACACAUGACUCUGCAAGGCUCUAGUUAGCCUUCAUUGUAGUCCAGAGACAGAUGGCAGAGCUAUCUGUCUCAUAGUUUAUAUGUCCUUAUUUUUAUUCAACUGGUAUUAAUGUUUUUCUGUUGAAACUUUUUUUUUAAUGUGGGCAAGAGAUUUGAAGUGUUGGUUUUUGCUAUGUGCAUAUUGAAUUGAAGAGUGAGUAGGUGAAGGUGGUGCUGGUGGAUUCACUUUCCAAGGCCAGAUUAAAACAGUUAAUUCCUAUAAAAAUCUGGAAGCAAAGAAUGAACAAAAAACUGAUCCUGUGUUUUUUAAACUAGAAUAAUGCAAUAAAAAUGUAAUGUCUUUGUAAAGAAAUUUUGAAAAAACAAUAAUUGCAUUUUAUGAACUGUACAGGAUUUGUUGUCAUCGUCAUUGACAGUACAUUUGCUACUGGUGGCUUCAGUUUUUAAUUUUUCACAACAAAAUUUUGAACUCUACUGUAGAUGCUUGUCCAUGCAUUUUUGUGCUAUGGAGACACCCUAAUAUUUUUGCAAAUGGCAGUACUUAAAAUCUGUUUUAUGAUCAGUACUCCAUUUUUAUCAUGUUAUAAAUUUUAUUUUAAGCAGCAAAUGAUACUAAAAUGGCCAAUUUUAAUUAUUAUGCUGCUGUACCAUAAAAUACAAGAUUAGAAAAGCUGCUUGAUUUUUAUUUGGCCUCAUAUUGCCUUGGCAAAGUAAAAGGAAAUAGUACGCAUGGAGCUAGGAAACCAAAGCAAGUUUAUGAAACUGGCACAGUAAUAGAGAAUUGCUGUGGAAAGCUGUAGAGCAAAGGGUUAGGUCCGCAAGGCCUGCCAAUGUGUAAUGAUGUUCAAAUAAAGGGCUGUUCCUACAAGUAACAUUAAUGUGAAUUCAACGCUUCAGAGUCUUUAAAGGGUUUCUAAGUGUAUUUGUAUAAUAGUGUGUUUUAUCACCAACUGCCUUUGUUCUUCGUUAGUGUAACAAAUACUUGAUAGUUGAUUAAUUUUGUUUAUUCAAGCAAUUUUACUUGUGUUCUCUCUGUGUAAUCAAAUAAAAAUUGAAUAACAUGCAAUGGUAAGAAUUAAUGCAUGGUAUUUGGACCAGAUUAAAGUGCCAUAGAAGACCAAUAACUGUUUUUAGUUAAGGCUGGUUUGGAGCCUUUCAUUAGAGCAAUAUCAGUUACUACAAUUUAUUUUUAAUUACUAAGAUAUAUAGUUUUGGGAUUUUUAAUCUGUUAUGAUCUGUUCUUCAAUCUGAUUUUGAUCAGGACUUUUAUAGGACUAGCAAAAACAGCAGUCUACAUUUUGCAAAUGAAUCAAAGUUGUUCCUUUCUUGCUAGUCAGAGUAAGUAGGCAGUACUUUUAAAACUAUGUGAACUCAAAUAUUGCACUUCUUUUAAGAUGUUACCAAUUGGUUGUACUGUAUAGUUUUAAUAAUGAUUGAAACCCUUUAACAACUCUUUGUAAAUUUUAACUCAUUUUAGUUGAUUUUCAGUAAUAUUUACAUAGGAAUUGAUUUUUAUGAAUAUAGUAGAAAAUGUGCUGUAUUUUGAUAAAAUUCAUUUAUUGUAUGUGUGUUGUAAUCUCUUUAAAAAAGAAUGACAAACAGCUUCUUUAAGACAAGCCUCAGUGUUUACUUUAUUCAGUUUAUUUUAAAAUAAUAAUUUUGAGUAUAUAAAAUAUAUACAUGAUAUUAUUGAUUUCCAUCAAUCUUCACAACCCGGUUUUGCUUUUAUAAGGGAUACAUAAAAUAAUUAUAAUUAUAAGUAUGAUGUUUUUCAAGUACUUUACCUUGAAUCUGAGACAUAUUUUGAAUCAGAUACACAGACUACAGUUUUGGAAGUGGAAGUAAGCCACAGAGAACAAUUGAUUAUCAGCAAUCAAUCUUUGAGUUCAUUGUCUUAUUAUAUUGAAAUAUUAAUAGUGUGCAAGUGCUGUAGCUCAGUAGUAGAGCACUUGCCUUGAUUUACACCUGGUAUUAAUCGCUAAGAUUUUAUUCUGCCCUAAAUAAUUUUUUUAAUUAAUGAUUAAAUUUUAACAUUCUUAUAACUAAAAAUCUAAUAAUAGCUAAAAAUUUUUGCACUUAAGUAACAAAAGUUUUAUAAUGCUGGUUCUUCAAAAUUUGAAUAAAAAAGUAAAUCUGAGGAAAUGAAAUCAUUUAUAGCUAUAGGCUAUAUCCAUAAUUGAUUUUAUUUUAAUAAGUAUUAUGUAGCAAAAUAUUACUUUAAUACUUUAAUAAGUAUUAUGUAGCAAAACAUCACAAAACUGUCUCAACAGAAAUUUGAUGGUCCUAAAUUUUUAAGCUGUUAAAAUUAUAUGUUCAGAAUAAUUUACUCAGCUUGGAAUUGGGGAUCAUAAUUUCUUCUAACUCCACAAAAUUCUAAAAUUCCCUACGUAUUUAUUUUGUAAAUAUUUUUUCCAACUUUGGGCCUGAAGGUGUGUAUAUAUUUAAAUUCUUUUAAGCACUUAUGUUACUAUAAGGAGAACUACAUUUUAAAUAUUAAUUUGCAGUACUUAAAAAUCCCAUUAGCAUCUGUGUACUAUUUUAUCAGUGAGCAUUUAUAAACAUUCUAUUUUUUUAAUAUAUCUAGACUAUUUGAAGUAACAGUAAAUAGGUAAUAAAUAAUGUUGUAUAAA